AUGGUAACCGAUCAAAAUCAUUCAUCUGAUAUAUCUAGCGAGCAGGAAGUUAUCAGGCGUACAGAAAAAAUAGCCCGGUUAUUAGAGGCAUACAAGCAAAAUGCAGAAGCAUAUAGUGCGCUUUCCAGUAUAAGAGAGGCACUAAAAAAACAAUUCGAAGAUUGUCAUCCCCAAUAUAAUACUUUAGAAAAGAGGGUAAAAAGACUGGAAAAAGACAUAAGAUCCUUAAAAAUCGAAUUAGGGGAUCUGGACGAAUGUGUGGAUAGGGAGACUGUGGUCGACUUAAUACAUAAAAUAGUUCCCAUACUGAUUAAUGAAAAAAGUAAGGGUUCUGCCUAUUCGUCUAAGUCUUCUGAAGAUUCUGAUUCGGUUGAGAUAAUUGAGAGAUCCCAUGGAGAGGCGAAUCUUGAAUGGACCAAAAGAAAGGAAUUUUUAUUUGGAAGAAUAGUUCAAGGCAAUUAUACAGUAAAGGAAUAUUAUUCGAAACUGAAAGAAUGUAAUUCAAGCAAUGACUAUCCAGAAUGGCUUCUUAAAAAUCUAUUCCUCAGAGGAUUAUCACCUGAGAAUGCAUUUAAAGUUCUUUUGGAUGGGCUAGAAGUACUUACAUUUGAUGAGAUAGUGGAAAGACUUAGCCCGGAGCAAUGCGGUGCCCCUAUUCUAUGGAAGCGUAUCGAAUUGAGAGGAAAAGACUUAUAUCCUGGACAAUCUCUUCCAAAUGAUUAUAAAAAUUACUGUGCAAAGGAUCACCCUCGAUUAAAUAAAUUCAUAAGGAUAGAACAUGCAAAGGAUCUCUCUCGAUUGAAAAAAUUCAUAAACACAGGAUUUAGUAAUAGAGCAUUAGAAUUGAUAGCGGGUUCAUACCCGAAUCUGAAAUAUCUCAAUCUGUGCGUCGAUCGGUCAGGUGGUUUUAGGAGCUUUCGUACUCUAGAAGUAGAUGGCAGUGGUCUAUGGAGAAUCGCGAAGUCAUGCCAUAGAUUAGAAUAUCUAAAUAUCUCUAAUCGUAGAGAAUAUUCUGAAACAUCAAUUUGUAAUGUUAUUCGUUCUUGCCCAAGGCUCCAGCAACUCGACCUUAGCUUUUGUAAUAUUACAGAUAUAACUAUAAAAGAAAUUGCUGGUUCAUGUCUUAAUUUAAAAUACCUCAAUUUGGAAGGGUGUAAUAAUAUUAGCAAAGAGGACGUAGAUCAACUGGUUUCCUCGCUUAGUCCAAAUAUCCAUGUUGAGAAUUUCGUGCCGAUUCGGGUACAUCCCCUAGAUCCGAUCCAUCAACUCGCAAGGCAACUGGGAAUACCACAUAAUACACCAAGAGAUGUUGCAUCCUUAAAAAAUUUUAUCAAUGACAAAUUAUCAAGGAGAUUGAGUGAACGCCGUAUUCUAGCUAGACCAUCGCUCUGGAGUGGUGGUCGGUUAUAUAACACCCGGUAUAGUGUUGAUAAUUCCAAUAUAUCUAUGAUAGUUGACUCUAGUGCCGAUCAACCCAUUAUAGCUAUAGGCAGACAAGCGCCAAGGAAUUAUUCGAUAGCAUUAUUUGACGAUCUAGCUAGUCUGGAGCGGUGA